AUGUGGGAUGAUCAUACAAUACCAACAAAUAGUGAUAUACUUAUUAAUUUUAUUCGUUUAAUUCGUUCGGAAUGUAAUCCAGAACAUCAUGGACCAUUAUUAGUACAUUGUAGUGCUGGUGUUGGUCGUAGUGGAACAUUUAUUGGACUUGAUCGUUUAUUGCAACAAUUUGAUAAAUCAUCAUUACAUGGUUAUUUAGAUAUUUAUGGAACUAUAUUUAAUAUGAGACAAUGCAGAGAUAAAAUGGUUCAAAAUGAGCAUCAAUAUCUAUUUAUUUAUCGAUGUUUAAAAGAAGAAUAUGAAAAAACAUCAGGUAAUUCAUUUAAUUAA